AUGGCCCUAACAAAGCAGGUCAGCCCCCGCAAUCCAAAUGAUUUCCCGACUCUGCAGCUCUUUCUCCUAGCUGUUGUUCGUCUCGCUGAACCCAUUGCACUUACAUCCAUAUUUCCUUACGCGUGGGCUCUCGUGAAGAAGUUCCAGAUUGGAAACGAACAAGAUGCAUCCUUCUAUUCUGGACUCCUCAUCUCCUCCUUCUCUUUUGCCGAGGCCCUGAUGGGCAUGUACUGGGGCGGCUUAUCCGAUCGCAUUGGUCGCAAACCCGUACUGAUGAUCGGUUGCUUGGGGACCAUGUUCAGCAUGGUCAUGGUAGGGUUCGCCUCCAACAUUUGGAUUGCUUUACUCGGUAGGGGCAUAGGCGGCCUUCUCAACGGCAAUAUCGGUGUCAUUCAAACAAUGGUUGGUGAACUCGUUACCAAGCCCGAGCACGAACCUCGCGCUUUCGCCGUUAUGCCCUUUGUCUGGAGCAUCGGAACCAUCAUUGGACCUUGUAUCGGCGGCACAUUUGCCGAUCCUCACGAGUCCUGGCCCAAUGCGUUCCCCAGAGGCAGCAUGUUUGAACGUUACCCGUAUCUUCUCCCCAACCUCCUUUGUGCAGCUCUAUUGCUCGUCAGCAUUGCUUUGGGAUUCGUGCUCCUCGAGGAGACACACCCGGACAUGCAACCCCGCGUGCUGUUACCCGCGGAUACCUACGUCUCAGAAGAGACUCCGCUGAUUGAAACUUCGGACGCCAUGAAACGCCCAGCGGUAGACCUUCGAGCCGAAACGUACGGAACUCUCCGAACUGUCAACGAGGAUGACGAGUAUGACAGGGGGCGAGAAGUGUAUACACAAGAAAAGUCUGGUUUGACCAAGGUUUGGAAUAAGCGUGUUGUUGGGUUCAUCAUUGCCUUAUCCAUCUUUACAUACCAUUCCAUGACAUACGAUCACCUUAUGCCAAUUUUCUUCGAAGACGAUCGUAUCGUCAACAAGAACACCUCCACCCUCUGGGCGAUUUUCAGUUCCUCCGGUGGCUUGGGGCUCUCCCUCCGAGAUGUGGGAAUGAUCAUGGCUGUUAACGGGUGCAUUGCACUGUUUGUUCAGGCUGUCAUUUUCCCCAUCGCGGCAGAGAGAGUCGGUGUGUACAAGCUUUUCCUCCUUGUUACUGUCUUACAUCCCGUCGUGUACGCCGUUGUCCCCUUUCUGCUCCUUGUCCCCGAGUCUCUCACCUUCCCCUCCAUCUACAUCUGCCUUGCAAUUCGCAAUAUCUUCUCCAUCACACUAUACCCUCUCCUCCUCAUCCUCAUCAAAGAAGCUACACCUACAUCCAGUGCUCUGGGCAAGGUCAAUGGUUUGGCAGCUAGUGCUGGCGCUGCUUGCCGAAUGAUUGCGCCUCCCGUUGCAGGAUUCCUGUACACUUAUGGCAGCAAAAUAAACUGCACGGCUCUGGCUUGGUAUGGAAGUGUCGUUGUUGCUAUUGUUGGCUCUGUGCAGUGCUUCCUGGUCCCUCGGGAGCGGAACCUCGAAAUAUCUGAAGAGUGUGCUUCGCGACCACCUUGCAAUGAAUACAAUGCUCUAACAGCCGAAGUCUCGGACGAAGAGCAAGAACGAGAAUGA